AUGGAGGCGGAAGGGCCGCCCCAGGCCGGAGGCUGCUGUCCUGUGGCCCUGGGGAAGCUCCUGCCAGGCCUCUGCUUCCUCAGCUGCCUGGUGACCUACGCGCUGCUGGGUGCUGCGCUCUUCUCCGCAGUUGAGGGCAGCCGGGGGGUCCAGCGGGCAGAAGAUAACGCCGAGUUCCAGAGUUUCCUGAAUGAGCUGUGCAGAGUCCUGAACUGUACCGAGACAGCUUCAGAAGAAGAAAAACUGGAAGUGCUGAAACUUCUUCAGAAGGUCAAACCCGAGUGGUGGCCCCAGAAGGCAGAGGACUGGAACUUCAUGAGGGCACUGUUUUUCUGCUGCACGGUGUUCAGCACGGUGGGUUAUGGCUACAUGUUCCCUGUCACCAGACUCGGCAGGUUCCUGUGCAUGCUGUACGCCCUCUUUGGCAUCCCCCUGAUGUUCCUGGUCCUCACAGACAUAGGUGACAUCCUGGCCACGGUUUUAUCCAAGUCUUACAAUGGGCUCCGGACGCUCCCCUUCUUCCUCUGGUCUCCCUCCAAGUGGUGCUCCGUGCCGCACUGCAAGAGGAAGGCUGAGUCCAGGCCUGCAGACGAAGCCAUCCCUCAGAUCGUCUUCGAUGACGGAGAGCUGCCCGGCCCUAAUUCUGGCAAGUGUCCUUCAGCUCCAGGCUGCAACAUAGAGCUGUUUGAGAGAUUUGUCACCAGACAGCAAGAGAAUUUGCUGCAGCCGCCUCCAAGCACCAUGGAAAGGAGCAGCUCGUGUCCCGAGCUGGCGCUGGGAAGACUCUCUUACUCCAUCAUCAGCAACCUAGAUGAAGUGGGACAGGAAGUGGAGAGGCUGGACAUCCCCCUCCCUGUCAUCGCCCUCGUGAUCUUUGCCUAUAUUUCCUGCGCAGCCGCCAUCUUGCCCUGCUGGGAGGAACACAUGAACUUCGAGGAGGCCUUCUAUUUCUGUUUUGUCACACUGACCACCAUUGGAUUCGGGGACAUUAAGUUAGCUCACCCCAACUUCUUCCUGUUCUUCUCCGUUUAUAUCAUCAUCGGCAUGGAGAUCGUGUUUAUUGCUUUCAAGCUGAUGCAAAACAGGAUCAUUGACAUCUACAAAAAUCUCAUGCUAUUCUUUGCAAAAGGGAAGCUUUCCACCUUUUUAAAAAGUGAAGGCUCUAUAUCUCUCAAGUGA